UUCUUUAAGCAGGAAAUGGAGCUUUCUUUGAUAGGGCUGCAGAAUGCUGGAAAAACUUCACUUGUAAAUGUCAUUGUUACUGGUGGAUAUAGUGAAGACAUGAUCCCUACAGUGGGAUUCAAUAUGAGGAAAGUAACUAAAGGGAAUGUUACAAUAAAGUUGUGGGAUCUUGGAGGUCAACCCAGAUUUCGUAGUAUGUGGGAGAGAUACUGUCGUGCAGUUUCUGCUAUUGUUUAUGUUGUUGAUGCUGCUGAUCAUGACAACAUCAACAUCUCAAGAAGUGAACUCCAUGAUUUGCUGAGCAAACCAUCACUGAGCGGUAUUCCUUUGCUGGUGUUAGGCUCAGUGGGUGAGUCGCCGGAGAUUUGUCUUCUUCGUUCUCAGAUCUGUGAAAGUCUCUCUCUGGAAGGUACAGUGUUUGUGAUAUGUGGUGAAAAAAAACUCCCGCGGGCAGCGACGGCAAGGUUGCCGGACGGCUGCCCGCCGGAAAGAAAUGAGUAUAGGCCUAAAUCUUAUAGCUCUGAUACCAUGUAAAAUAAUCAAUGUAUAAAGAGAAAAAUACAGAGAGAAUAAAUGUAUCUAUUGAUAUUAUUUAUUGAUGAAUAUUGAUGUUCUUGUCUAUUUAUAUUCUGUCUAUUACAAAU